AUGACAAGAUGGAGUAUUCAUCUAGUGCGUAGGAGCUGGUCUACUCUUGACCGCCAAUAUACUCUGUGGCGGCUGUUCGUGGUGCCGCCCUCAAGAUUACAGUCUGCUACGGCAAAGGUUCAAAGCGCUUAUCCUCAUAUCUCGAGAUGGCGACCCAGCCCCACAUACGCCAAGUGGUGCUUUAGAGUUUUUCUCACCACCGAAGGCGGUAAGACGGUGCAGCGGAACUGGUUUAGCUGGCGAACGAUGAUCGCACAUCUCAUAGCGCACUCGGCGGUCGCGGAGUGCGGACGUGUGCACUCGUUGCCGUCGACGGAGCCGCGUCUCGUGCUUUUAAUUAAUUAUUAUUAUCGGCUGCUCGUUAUGUGCGUGGCAGGUAAGCGACAGGUUGCCAUUGUUCCCGACGCCCUGUUCCCGGAAACAGCUCUAUGCCAGCUG